CGCUAUAUUUCCAUAUGGAUGAAUUCAUGUGAAACAUGAAACUAGAAAUCAAUACCAAUGCCUAGUCAGUACAAAAAUUUUUUGGAAAUCAUUAAAAAAAUGAAACAUGUGACAGGAACGUCUAUUGGCAACCAUUAUGUUUAACUGGAAAACUUUUCUCUGUGGAAUAAGAGAGAAAUUGAGAACUAGUGACAAUGGAUGGUCGGCAUAAAAAAAAGAGGAAGACUAAAAAGCUGUUAGUUGAUGUACCCAAGAAACCACGGUUACACGAUAAUGACAGUUGUGUUGAGGAGUUGAAGGAGAUGGCAGACAGGGACAAUGAUACGUCUGUAGAAAGAGAAGAGAAAGAAACACUUACAAUGGCACAUACCCAUACGGAGGAUCAUUCCAAAGGUUCUGACCAAGAAGAUUCAGAAGGUGAAACAACCUAUGAAAUGAACCGACCCACUCUGCUUCGACAGUUGCAGACUAUCCUAGGGGAAUACCCUGAUGAUGAACAAAUGUUACGUGAAAUGGUACAGAAUGCUGAGGAUGCUGGGGCUAAUUGUAUGAAAAUCAUGUACGACAGCAGAACUAUAGAUCCUGGAGGAACUUCUAAGAUUAAACAGUAUUUCAGAACUCCAGGUAUAUGUGUGUACAAUGAUGCCAUGUUCACAGAUGAUGACUGGAAGGGGAUCAUCAGCAUUUAUAACAGUGUGAAAGAGAAAGAACCUUUGAAAGUUGGAAGAUUUGGUCUUGGCUUCAAAUCAGUAUUUCAUAUGACAGACAGCCCUGUAAUAAUAAGUGGCAGUAAGCUUUUGGUCAUAGAUCCGUUGAGAUCAGAAGAAAAAGAAGAGGAAUGUAGAGAAUUGAAACUGAAAGCUAUAGGAAGAAAACAUCAACCAGAAACAACACUUGCCUGUUUAAUGAAUAAGUUUGGCUUCAAUACAGAAGUUCUGAGAGAAGGUCUGUAUGACGGAACAAUAUUCUGGUUCCCACUUCGUCAAAAAGAAUCUAAACUGUCACCAACUAUUUAUUCAGAAGAAAAAGCAGAAAAUCUGUUUAAAUCCUUUAUGAAAAAGUCAACAUAUAACCUGAUGUUUCUGAAAAAUUUGGAGAAAAUUGAAAUUUAUAAUGAACAGAAUGAUCGUCCAUACUUUACACUUGAGAUAACAGGAUCCAAUGAAAAAGAAUUUAGUAAGGCAAGGAAAAUGUUCAAAGAUGACUUGAAUAAUCUGAAAAAUGAGUUACCAAGGAUAUCUAUAAUGUCACAGUAUGAAGCUGUUAUCAAGACUAAUACCACAGAAGAACAUUAUGCUGUAGUUAAUAUGCUAACUGGUGCAGACUACUUGUCGGAGCAGAUGAACCAUUUAGUAAGUGAUUCAAGUCUACAUUAUAGUCCAUACACAGGAGUAGCUUAUUGUAUGAAGCCAAGUAUACGAGAGAAGCCACCAGGGCAUAUUUUUUGCUUCCUACCACUGCCUGUAACAGAAAAGAGUAUGACUGGCCUCCCUGUGCAUGUAAAUGGCUUUUUUGACCUUGAGCACAACAGACGACACAUUAAGGAGGCUGCUGCCAAUAAUGAGUCAAGACAAACUGACCAUUCAUUGAUGUGGAAUGAUGGCAUGAUUGGGGAGCUACUACCAGAGACCUACUACACCCUCAUUGAGAUGAUGAAGACAAGGUGUAUAAAGGGAAAUAACUCUCAAGAUAUGGUUGAUCAGGUGUACGAUGCAAUUCCAGAUCCAGAUGCUGUUGAAUCUAACUGGAAAUUACUAUUAAAAAAAUUAUUUGAAAAAGUGAUGAGUGAAGAUAUUUUCUUUACCAGACAAGAUGGAGGAAAAUGGAUUGAGUUUUCUGAAGCAUUAUUUGCUAUAUUUAACCUGUUAGAAAAUGACAAUCAGAAGACUAAGACAACUGUGAAGAAAUUACUGUUAGACUGUGAUGAGAAUUUGGUGGAAUUACCAGAUCAUGUGAUCACCAUCCUGAAAUUUACAGGUCACGAACCACAGUCAGUUACACCACAAACAGUAAGGGCGAAACUGAAAAGUUCUGAGUGCUGGAAGACAUAUUCUAGUGAAGAAAAAUUAAGGCUUUUGUCAUUUGUUCUGGAAGACUGUAACUAUACAGAUUUGAACAAUUUAGGAAUUUUACCAUUGAACAAUCAAGAGUUUGUUCCCUUUAGUUCAGCAUUUGGAACCGAUGUAUAUGUGAUCUGUGAUGAGACAGCUAAUUUGUUUCCUGGCUUGGAAGAUCAAGUUAUAUCUAAAAGUUCAGUGACGGAUUUUAUAUGGAAAAGUUUGUCCAAGAUCGCAGAAAAAGGUUUGUUUCAACUGAGAUGUUUAACAGAUGAAUGCUUACCUGGUGUUAUACAGAAAGUCUUUGACAUCAAUUUUAUUAGGAAACAGAAUGGCCGCUUUGUUCAAGCAUCACAGUCAAACCUUGGAAUUGAUUGGAUUCACAAAGUAUGGAAAGAAAUUGCCAGAAAAGAAUAUGAGGAUCUCUCAAUUUUUGAAAGCAUACCUGUUAUUGUUGUUGGUCCAGAUGAUGUAGAAGACAUCAACAAUAGUGCAACUGAUGAGAGCCUAGUGUUAGAAUAUGUAAAUUUGAAAGGAAAUUAUAUGCUUUCUAGAUUUGACAAUCAUGAUCCAUUGCCAGCAGCCUUGGAGAAGGUGGUUACCCUAACUGAAGUAGACAUUUUCCAUCCAAAUCAAAUGAUUAAAUUUCCACAUACAGAUGUUAUAGGAAAAUACAUUCAACUCCCAAUUAUAGAUAAUGUAUUGAAUUGUUUCAAAAUGGCUGCAUUAUCAAGCAGACAUCAACAAAUUGCAAGAGAGAUAAACAAGCAAUGUCCUGACCAUGAAAGGAAAGAAUUGGUACAGUUCCUAACAAAUCAUCAUUCAGAUAUUCCAAGAGAAGCAUAUCAAUUUUUACGGAAAUUAGAUUUGUUCUGUGAACAUGACAAUGUAUCGGUGGCUGAGAUGGUGUCUGUAGAGGACAAUGAAUUCAUACUGAAAGACUUUAUGUAUCCUGAAGGUAUCAGUUAUCCCAGAAAAUACUUGGAGAGAGAACAUGCAGAAUUGGCUAAACUUCUCCGAGCAACUGAUGUAGAAGAAAUUGAAUGUAUUGACCAAACACUUGAUUUAAUGUUAGAAAACAGUACCAAGUAUUCUGUUAAACAUUACACACAAUUGAUGAUAUACCUACAAGAAAGACCACCACAAAUAUUGAACAAUGUCCUUGAGAAAGCAAAGUCUUUAAAAUUCAUGCCGUCUGGAGAUGGAACACUACACUCUGUAAAUAACUUGUUUGAUCCAACAUCAAGCUUCCUUAAGAAUUUGCUUUAUGGUGAGGAAGGUGUAUUUCCAAAUGAAAACUUUAUACAAGAAAAUGGACUAAGACAUUCAUUUAUGCAAACCUUGGGACUAAAAACUGAAGAUAACAUUUCUUCAGAAGAUGUAGUCCAGGUAGCAAACAGUAUACGUAUGUUUGCAAAUGGUAUGGAUGAAAAAAAGUACAUUAAAGCUGAAAGUUUAAUUUCAUACUUGAAGACGCAUGAAGACAUAUCAAGUAACAAGGCAUUGCAAAGGAUAAAGAGAAUAAAAUGGGUUCCUAUUGAUCUAGAAAAGCCUGAUGACCAUCCUGAUGGACUAAGAUGGUGUAGUAGCAAAACAUUCUGUUCUCCAGAAGAAGUUAAAAGCAUGCAAUUUAAAAAUUUGAUUGGUACAGUUUGUCCACUGGUACGACUAGAUUUGUUCUCAAAACAGAUUACUGCUUGUUAUAAGUGGUGUGUACAACCAGAGCAAAAUGAUGUUAUUGAACAUUAUAGAAAUGUUAUUAACUCAUAUGAGGCAAGACAGAACUCUGAAUAUCUACAUAUAACCAAGCAUAUCAUCAGUUACCUCUAUGAACUAUGGAGAGCAGGUAGUUUGAAUAAUGAAAAUAUCAAGAAGCUUAAUGCAAUGGAGUGUAUUCCAACAAACAGUCAAGGUUUCAUGUCUGCUCAGAUUGUUGUUCAGGAAAUUGGGAAUAAACACAUAAAUUACAUUCUAGAACCAUACAUCUUUGAACUAGCCAGAGAUGUUGCAGACUUCAGUGAACUAUUUCUUGAACUUGGAAUGAAGAGAGAUGUAGAUUUCUAUGUGUUGAAGUCACUGUUGCAGCGAAUUUCUGAGAAGUAUAUGUCAGUAGAAGAGACACCAGUAGACAAAAAUGAACUUGAAAAAGACCGAACAUUAACAUAUAAUAUUUUGAAAUCAAUUGUUGCCAUGGAUAUAAACAAGUCAGAAUUGUCAGAGAUAUUGAUUCCAAUCAACUCACAAAGUGAAGAAUGUAUUGUAUUUGAAAAAGUUGAAAAGUGUACUUAUACAUCAGGGAAAAGUCCAUUUUCUACUGCAUUUUGUCCAGAUGAUGAUGAUGAAGAUGAUGAUUGUGAGGAAAAAGAGGAAAAAAUCAUAUAUGUUCAUCCAUCUGUAAAUGAAUUAGCAUCAAAACUUGGUGUUGCCUCUAUCACCAAGCGAUUCAUUUACAAUCAGAAUACAGAAGUUUUGGCAUGGGGACAGGAAGAGAAGUUGACAACAAGAAUUUCUGGACUACUAGAUAGUUAUACUGAUGGAUUUGCAGUUCCUAAGGAGCUUGUACAAAAUGCUGAUGAUGCUGGUGCCACCAAGGUAUGCUUCCUUUAUGAUGAAAGAGAGAACCUAGAAUGGAGAAAUGGACUUUUAGAUCAAGGAAUGGCUGAAUGUCAUGGACCUGCCUUAUGGGUGUACAAUGAUGCUAUAUUUGAAGAAAAGGACUUCAAAAAUAUAAUAGAACUUGGUGGGAAGACAAAAAUUUUGGAUACAGAAAAGAUUGGAAAAUUUGGACUUGGAUUUUGUUCAGUGUACAAUGUUACUGAUGUUCCAAGCUUUGUGAGCAAGAACACCUUAGUAAUUUUGGACCCACAUUUAUCUCAUCUUGGCGAAGCAGCUAUCGGUUCAAACCCUGGUUUGAAAUUAUUACUAACCAAAAAAUAUAGGAAAAACUUUCCAAAUCAAUUCAAACCAUACAAUGAUAUUUUUGGGUGUAAUUUGGAGCCAAACAACAAAGAUGAAUAUAACAAUACUUUGUUUCGAUUACCUUUGAGAACACAGAAUCAGGCAUCAGAGAGUGAGAUAACAGAUAAACAGUACACAAAGAGGGAAGUUGUGGAGCUAUUGAAAAAGUUUUUGGAUUCAGCUGCAAAUUUACUUUUGUUUACGCAGAAUGUCAAGGAAAUUUGUGUAUAUCAUUUAGAUUCAAAAGGUCUCAAUCCUGACAAGGAUAUGAAACUUUUAUUCAAAACAUGGAAAGAAAACACUGAAUUGACACCCAAAGAACAUGGAUUUAACAUACUGAAAACAAUAACAGCAGCAAUGAAGGAAGAAGAGUAUAAAGAAAUUAAUUUCCCAGUGCAAGUUGUUGAUAUUGGCAUUAAAGUGAGUGAGUCAGCUCAUGUAUUAUCAAACGAGUUUCAGACCUUAGAGAAAGUUCAGUCAUGGAUUAUUUCCUGGGGAACAGGGAUUCAUUCAUUUGAAUUAGCAUAUAGAUUAAAAUCUCAAGGUGCUGUCCCUAUUGGCAGUGUUGCUGUUCCAAUAAAAAGAUUUGGAAAUGAAAUCAUAUCUUUUGUUGAUUUGAAGGAUCUUCCAGGAAAAGGAUUUUAUAAAGAAAGUCGUAUUUUCUGCUUUUUGCCUCUCCCCAUGGAAACCCAACUGCCAGUACAUAUAAAUGGUCAUUUCAUGGUGGAACAAGAUAGAAAAAGUAUUACACGAUUUAAUAAGGAUGACAAAACAAAUGAAAGUAGCAGCUGGAAUGAUAAUAUGCUUGGUGAUGUAAUUCAAAGUGCCUAUAUCAAUCUUAUGACAUCUGUAGCAAGCAGAGUUGAUGACAGAAUACUACAGAAAGAAUACUGGUUGCUAUGGCCGAAUAAGGUUGCUACUUCUUAUCAUGAUACAAAUCAGUUAGUGCGUUCAUUUUACCAGAGUAUUUUACAACAAGAUUUUCAUGUAUUUUAUAGAAAGAGUAAUGAAUCAACUGCAGUAAGGAGUUCAGUCAGCAAUUCUAUAUUCUUAGAUCCAAAAUUUAGAGAGAGUUCAAAUGGUCAAAUUGCAUACGAGUGUAUGUUAGAAUUCCAGUAUGAUGAAACCAAUGUUAUGGAUAUGCCAUUGCACAUCUUUACUAAUUUUGAAGAGAUGUGUAAGAACGAUUUUAAAAUCCUUCAGAAUAGAAUUAUCUCAAAAGACAACUUUUUCCGACAGUAUUUUUUCCCCUACUUGAAAGAGAAAUAUUGGCACCAAGAUGGAAUGUCAGCAAAGAGGGACAAACUUUUAACUGAAGCACUUAGGGAGCCAUCAUUACAUGAACUUGUAAAGAUAAAAGAAUGCAUUCCAGUAAAACCAUCAGAGAAUGGAAUUUUGAGACGUCCUCAGGAUUUAGUCGAGGAGAUUGGAUUAGUUGGUGACAUGUUUGAGGAAAGUGAUUGUAGAUUUGUAACACCUAAAUUUGACAAGUAUAGUGAUGUUUUGGUACAGUUGGGAAUGAUGGGAAAAAGUAUUACUUCACCUCUUUUGACAGAUAGAGCACAAUCUGUAAGAAAUUUAACAUCUGAUAUGGCUUUCAAAAGAUCAAAAGCAAUUGUUAGUUACCUGUUAAACAAUUCAGAUAAACACAUGGAUGUGAAAGAAAAGCUGCAGACAAUUCAGUUUCUUCCUGUAAUGAGUAAACCAGCUUUUUGGUCUUUACCAUGGAAGGCUGAAGAUAUGAAGCUACAUGAGACUUUCUUGUCACCAUCUGAGAUGUUUAAUCCAAUGGAUAGAAAUGUAGUUGGAUCCGUUGGUUACAUUUUGGAUUCUAUGAAUGGUCUUUUACAAGAAAAUGUUCUACAAUUUAUUGAUGCAAAGAAAGUGACAAUUGAUGAUGCUCUUACACAACUUGAAAUACUUGGAAAGGAGAAUUUUGAAUUUUCUGCGAAUUUAAAAGAGAUUUGUGCUAGCUUGUACAAUAAAUUGAACAGCCUGUUACCAGAAAAUGGACCAUACCAACAAACUGCGGAAAGGUUCAAAGCAAUACAGUUCAAGAAAGUAGUUUGUUUAAAAUCAGUGGUCAUGAAACCAGAUCAGCUUGCAUACAAUUUGAAAGGAGAUUGUUCUCCUUACCUUUACAAGGUGAAUUCAAAUGAAUAUCCAAGACUUUGGAGAAAUAUGGAAAUCCCACAAUAUUUUGACUCUCACAAGUUUAUAUCGGUUUUACAACAGAAAAAAAUGGAGGUAAAUGAAAUGAAAUUGUCAAAGAAAGAAGUUAAAAGUAUUGUGAACAUUUUAGAUAACCUGCGUUCAGCCUUGGAAUAUCAGACCAAAGUUCUAACACCAGAGGAUAAAAAAACAGUGUUUGUACCAGAUAAUAAAUGUUACCUACGUCCAUUAUCUGAGAUAUGCUUUGAUGACAAAUAUCCAGGAUUUCUUCGUGGAAGUAAAGAUAUACAUAUCAUUCAUUCAGAAGUGAGGUCAAAUGUCAUAUACCAAUUGGAAGUACCAUCAAAACGUCAAUUUCAUCUAUCACGUUUUUCAAGUGGCAUACCAUUUGGGCAAAAGGAGAAGCUUGUUACACGUCUAAGAGGAAUAAUUUCAGCCUAUCCACGUGAUCAUUCUGUUCUUAAUGAAAUGCUGCAAAAUGCCGAUGAUGCUGGGGCAAGUGAAAUUCAUUUUGUAUUAGAUCUGCGGGAUCAUCCUACUGAUAAAAUAUUUGAUGAAAAAUGGGCACCACUUCAAGGACCUGCAAUAUGUGUAUUCAAUGACACAUGCUUCUCAGAAGACGAUUUGAAAGGAAUUCAAAACUUAGGAGAAGGAAGUAAAGGAGAUGAUCCAUUGAAAACUGGACAGUUUGGUAUAGGAUUUAAUGCUGUUUAUCAUCUGACUGAUGUACCUUCCUUUUUGACUCGUGGAUCUGCAACACCAAAUGGUGGAACUUACUGUGUUUUUGACCCACUCUGUUCCUAUGUACCAGUAGCUGACCCAGACACACCUGGGAUGCAAAUUGAAGACCUUAAAAUAAUUGAAGAAAGCUAUGGUGACAUUUAUCAUACAUAUUUGCAAAAGGAGAUGCCUGCAGAAACAGGGACAUGGUUCCGUUUACCGUUGAGAACAGAAGAGAGUACUAAAAGUGACAGCCCAUAUAUUUCAAAGGACCCUUCGGAUAUUAAGUCUGUCGAAAAAAUGUUUGCAGAAAUGGAAUUAAAUAUGGAGCAAAGUCUUUUAUUUUUGGCAAAUGUUAAAAAAAUCAGUAUCUCUCGCAUUGGACAAAAUGGUACCUGGCUGCCUGGGUCAAGUGUAGAACUAAGCUUGUCAGAAAGUGAUGAAGAACGAAGAGUAGAAUUUCUUUCAAAGAUGAAAGAAGAAUCCAAGUUGCUAAAAGGGGGGGAAAAACAAUUGGACAAAAUUAAGUUUAGUGAAGUGAGAUAUGAAGUCAGUAUUAAAAAUGGAUACCAUAAUACUACUUGGCUCAUAGUUCAAGUAUUUGGAUUCCCUGAGCCUUCAAAAGUACCAUGGAGACUGAUCUCUGAAUUUUCUGAAGGUCGAAUAGGACUAUUACCCAGAAGUGGAACAGCAAUCAGUAAAUCUGUGAAUUUAGAAUUUGAAGGUAAAGCAUUUUGUUUCUUACCAUUGCCUAUUGAAACAGGAUUACCAGCAUAUGUGAAUGGGCAUUUUGCCUUGGAUCAGAAUCGAAGUAAUAUUUUUGGUGGAACUCACAAGGAAGAUAUCCGAUACAUUUGGAAUAGAUGCUUGAUAGAACAACCUGUUUCACAUUCUUAUGCCAGUUGUUUGGAGUAUUUUAGGGAUAUUUAUCUGGAAGGUUAUAGUCCAGAUGCCCUGGCAACAUAUUUUAAGAAAUUUCCAAUCUUUGAAAAUACUUCAGAAGGAUUUUGGAGACUUUUGACUUUUGCAAUAUACAACAGCAGUGUUAAACGUGAAUUAGCACUUUUUCCAAUAUGUCCUUCAUUCAUGCUUCAUAGUUGUACAGAACAUUCAUUUGAGGAGAAAAAUCAGCACAGCUUUAGUCCUGGAAGUCAAAUCUUUAAGUGGAUAGCAAUUAAAAACAAUGAAGAAUCAUUCAGUGCAGUGUUUGAUGAAUUGCACAAAUAUUUUGAAAUCAAAAAUGUCCUACCUGAUUUUAAUAUUUCAAAUAUUUCCUUGUUUCGUAAUAGUACACAAAGAACAUGUACAUUUAACAAAGAACAGGAACUGCGCCUUAUUUUGAUUAAUCUUGGAAUGAAACUUGUUUGUACUCCAGCAUAUGUAUAUGAAAGCAUUGAAAAGGCAUGCAAUCAUAUGCAGGAACACAAAACAACGGAUGAUGAAGUCUGCAUAGAUGACAGAAUUGAUGAGACUUGUAUUUGUCCAUGCAGAGUCAGCCCAAAAAGAACUGUUCAGUUUUUGAAGUCAUGGAAUACAAAUGCAAAGGAUAAAUGCCUCAUAGACUCUUUGCCUAGACCAGUACUUGAAACAGCAUUCAAUAGUAUUGACAAACUUUUGUGUGUCCUUCAUUUUUGCCAGAAGUAUGAAGAUUUGAAAAUAGAAAACUUAUCAAAUACCCCUCUCCUAGUAUCUAAUGACUCGGUUAUACACACUUUGGAAACAAAUAACGAAACAGUUCUGUCAUCUUUCUGCUACCUUUUCCAAAAGUCAAGUGACCUCUUUGUUCACAAAGAUGAAGUUUCAUUCCUAAGGGGAUUUGAAGAUAGCUUUAGAAAUUUGACUAUGGAACUUUUACUUGAACUGCUUCCAAUAUCAAUAGAUGCAUCAGUCUUAAAAGUAAAAGGACCAAUUAGUUGGCCAAAUGAGGAGCUUCUAGAUGACACAUGGAUGAGAGGAUUUUGGUUAUGUUUGAAUGAUUUUUUUGAUGUACGUUACAAAUUAAGUGAAUGGUGCCUUUUCCCAUGUAAAUUGGAGGAUAAAAGCUUGAAGCUUGUUUCAUUUGAAAUGGCAUUUACAGUUUUGGAUUUGAAUAGUUUUCGACCUCAUAAAAUGGAAUUUACAUCUCCGUUCAGUCAGGAUUUAAGUUUGAAGAAUAUCUUAGCAAAGCUUGGCUUGCCAUCCCCUGCUAGCUACACACUACAGUCAAAGCACACUCGUGAUUUAGUAGCAACUGAACAACAACCUGAUAAAGUUGUAAAAUGCUUGUUUUUUCAUAGAGAUAUAUGCAAAUGGCAUCUUCUUACAAAACAUGAUUGCAACAAAAUUCUUACAUUCUUUGCUGAGACUGUGGACAGAUUUAAGAUGUCAGAAAAGCAGAAGUUAAAAGGUUUACCUUUAUUCACAACAUUGACAGGUGAUUUGAAAGCAUUAAAUGAGACAUCUACAACCCUUGUGGUGAAAUGUGAAAACUUGUUUGUGCAGGAUGGAUUGGAAGAACUCUCUGAAAAAACUAAUACAAUUCUAUUGAAGCACAAUGCCUACCAUGAAAAGUUGUAUUCAAACUUAGGAUGUAGAUUAUGUUACCCAACUGACCAGUUAUACAGACAUCCACUUCUCGUAUUAUAUACCACAUUUAUCUUUCCAAACUUUGCAAAUAUGGAAAGGAGAGCUCAUUUGAAACAUCUUGAAUUUGUGAGAGAUGAAUUGAUGGACUAUGUUGAAAUCAAGUCCUCAUUAAGUGAACUAGCAUUCAUUCCAGCAGCUGAAACUGGCGUCUUGAAUAAAGCAAAUUGUUUUUUCAGCCCACACAAUUCUGUAUGUGCUAAAUUAUGUGAUCCGUCUGAAUUGCCUCCUGCGCCGUUUUGUGAAAAUGUUUGGAAAAUAUUUAUGGAAACUGCAGGAAUGAAAAGUAUUGUGACAGAAGCCUUAUUCUUGAGAUUUGCUAGACAAAUUCAACAAAAUGGAAAAAACAGUGAGUCUGAAGAUCAGGCAAAGGUACUGAUAAAGCAUCUUUUUCACCGCAGCACACAUACAAAUGAAACUUCCUUCAUGAGAGAGAUUAGUAGGAUUAAUUUCAUUACACCAUAUAUUGUACCAGAUAAAUACAGGUUCAUAAGUGCUCAAAGUUCCACAGAUAAGCUCAUUUCAUUCCAAGAUGGUGUUCAACACAAAUAUUUCAUGUUGGCAUGGACAAUGGAUAGUAUAUUACCAGAAUAUGCUGUUCCCACGGAUGAAAUACUGAAGGAAAAGUUACACAUCAAAGCAAGACCAAGUAUUGAUUGUGUUGUAUCACAUGUUCACAAGGUAUGCUACUCAUUGCAACAUCACCCAAAGACUGUGGAUGAGCAUAAACAGCUGAUGACAAUAUUUUAUGAAUAUUUGGAAAACAAUAUACCAGACGCUGAAAUGAGACAAUUAAAAAUUAGAUUUUCAACAUCACCCAUAAUAUAUAUUAUAGAACAUAACAAAUUUGUUCAGGCAAAACAUGUCGUUAUUGAUUUACCAAAGUUUUCUGAAAUUAUACCAUAUUUACUUAAAGCGUCAACACACUUUGGGCAAUAUUUUCCACUUUUUAAGAAACUUGGCACUUCAGAAAACAUUUCAAUAGAGCAUUACUGUAGAGUUCUUGCAGCAAUAAAAUCCACUGCAAAGGAGUCAAAAAUUAUUAUUCUUGACGAGUUGAAACAAAUAGAGAAGGCUACUUUAGGUGUUUUUGAAUGUCUCUCACGAAAGGAUAACUUGGAUUCAUUGGUGGAAAACAAAACUGUUCUUUAUAUAUUAGACAACAACAGUACGCUGAAACCUUCUGACCAGCUGGUUAUAAUUGAUAAUCAUGGAUUAAAAAGGCGUCUUAGAGACCAGACUGUUAUAGACUUUAUAUGUGAUUGGACAACGGUGAAAAAACACAGCAAACAAUUUGAUCCCGAUUAUCUGCUUUGCACCUUGCCAAUCUCUAUGCGUCCACAAAUACUUUCUGAUAUAGUUUCAGAAGAACUGUUGAAUUCAUCAAAUACAGUCAGAAGUGAGAUGGCUGAAAAAUUAGAAGCAUUUGUAUCUGGGGAAAUAAUGAAGUACAUUGUAUCCCGACUAGCGAAAACACGCCAGAAAUCAUCUGGUGCAAAAUUAGAAGAAAGUGAAUUGCAAGAAAUGCUAUCAAGGCUGAGAUCUUUUCGUGUGUUAGCAUUGCCAGUAUUGCAAACCUCACUUUCAUUCAAAGGAGAGCAAGUGCACGGUAGCAUAGUACACAAACGAUUAUACUUUAAUAAUGGAAAAAAUAUUAUGUAUAUAAAAAAUGAAAUGUCCUUAACAUCAGAAUGGAUAUCAAAGAAUGGUUCCAGUAUAGCCGGAAUUAUUUCUUGUAUUUGCAAAGACAAGGUUAAAGUUAGUGGCAUUCAAACAUGUCUAGCCUAUUUUGAUUCUAGUUUUGACACCAUAAAUGAAAUUCUUGAUGAAUAUGGAGCAGUUGAUAUUGACUUUAAGUUUGAAGAUAUGUUUUGGUAUCCUGCACCAGGAACAGCAUUAGAGCAGAGUUUGGUUGACUUUCUUAUAGCUGACUUUGAAGCCUUUGAGGAUGGCGAAACUGUUGUGUAUGAACAUUAUGAUAACAGUGGGCACUCAAACAAUGAUAGUGUACAUGUUUACAUAUAUGUAAAAGUAAUUAAAAGAAUUUCAGAUGAGAAUGAAAGAUUUCCUAUCUAUCUCAUAAAUGUUGGCGAAGGUCAGGAAAUAGAGGCAAGAUCACACAGACUAUACAGAAUGGAAAGGCCGUCUGAUUCAACAUCAUCAGAACUUGAGGUAUAUACUGAUGGCAAUAGAUCAUACACUAAUGAAAAACUAACAGAAAUAUUCCAACUGGUUGAAGAAACCCUUGUAGAUGCGUGGAAGCUUGGACAAGAUGAUUUCAAAAGAGUUGUCAGGAGACUGAUUAGACGUUGGCAUCCAGAUAAAAAUCAGAAUUCAAGCUUUUGUACUGAAGUGUUCAAACAUGUAAGAGAAUUUGUCAAGAAAUUGCAGGAUGGAAACAUUGACGCAUCCAAAAUAGAUAAAUACAGAGAACAUGGAGGACAAUAUUGGCAGGAAUACAUGCAAAGAGCAUCAAGUGGAACAUCAAAUAAAUGUUACACGUUUGACAUGGAUGGAUUUGCAGAUGAUAUAAUUGGUGGAUAUAGGCGAAGAAAUAGAAACAGACAGAGUUAUACAAAGAAAUAUGUUCCAGAUCCCCAGCCUCAUAUGGGUAGAGUUUGGAUUCAACAAGCUAAAUAUGACAUAGAUGCUGCCAUUUCAGCCUUGGAGUUUGUCAAGGAAAAAUCCUACAAUUGGAUAUGUGUCCAGAGUCAACAGGCUGCUGAAAAGGCUUUGAAAGCAGUUCAAGUUUCAAAAGACGCAAAUGGAGUCAGCAAUGACCAUUCUUUGAUGUUGCCUGUUGUGUAUGAAAAUGCAGACUUGAGACAGCUAGUGGAUGAACUGCAAACUAAAAUUGUAAAUUAUUCCAGACUACGUUAUCCAAGACUUCUGGAGUUUCCGAAGACACCAGCAGAACUAUAUACACAGAAAGAUGCUGAAGAAAGUGUAGAACUUGCCAGAAAAAUAGUUAACACAGUAGAUGACAUUUAUUUUCAGUGAUAGUGUAAAAUUGUUACCUCAUUUUGUUGGAUUUUAAACAUGUACCAUCAAUUUUUUUAUUAAUUUUCACCCAGUUCUUUACUAGCUCACCAAGGCCCAAAGGGCCCCAUGUGAGCUUGUGCCAUCACUUGGCGUACGUCGUCGUCUGUCGUCGUAAACUAUUUAAAAAAUCUUCUCCUCUGAAACUACUGGGCCAAAUACCUUCAAACUUUAACUUAAUGUUCCUUAAGGUAUAUAGUUUAUAAAUUGUAUCCGAAGUUUUUAUCCAUCGACAAACAUGGCCGCCAUGGCUAAACAUAGAACAUAGGGGUCAAAUGCAGUUUUUGGCUUAUAUCUCAAAAAUUAAAACUUUUUGAGGAAAUCUGACGGGGUAAAAUUGUUCAUUGGUCAAGAUCUAUCAGCCCUGAAAUUUUCAGACGAAUUGAACAUUGUUGGGUUGCUGCCACUAAAUUGGUAGUUUUAAGGAAAUUUUGCAGUUUUUUGUUAUUAUCUUGAAUAUUAUUAUAGAUAGGUAUAAACUGUAAACAGCAAAAAUGUUCAACAAAGUAAGAUCUACAAAAAGUUUAUAUGACCAAAAUUGUCAAUUGACCCCUUAAGGAGUUAUUGCCCUUUAAGGACAAUUUUACACAAGUUGUUUUAUGUUUUUUAACUUUAAAAGUCUUCUCAAAUGAAUCUAGUAUAAAUUUAGUAUUUCAUUUCCUUGUACGUCAAGAAACAUAGACACUAUGGCUAAAAUGGAACAUAUGGGUAAAAUGCAUUUAUUUGCUUUUGAAGAAAAUAUGACAGAUACAAUAAUUUUUAAAUGGCAUUUUUAAGCCACUCAUUAAUAUAUAUUGAAAAGCAAAAAUAAUCAUUGAUAAAAGAUUUAAGCAAAAAAAUAACAGGUGGGCGAUUCAGGCUCUUGAGAGCCUCUUGUUUCUUUUCAUGUUUAUUUACAUGAUUACUUUUUCUAUGAGCCCUAUUUAUUGUGGCUGUAAACACUAAUACAGGUAUGUUAUUUGAUUUUGCACAAAUUGUCUGUUAUAAACUGCUGGUUUUUUUUUAUGUUUUCUGAGAUAUCCUCUAAAUGAUAAGUUCAAACCAGCUUAUUAAUAUCUUAUUGCAGCCCAAAUAUAUGUAUGGGGCGUCUGACCCUAUCUUUUACAGAAUUUCUGGCUAAACCCAAACAGCAUCUGCAAUAGCUUCUCAUUGCAUUUUGUAUCCACUUCAAAGGUUUGUUGCCUAUCAUGUUCAUCAGUCUGUAUUUCCAUAAACAAUGUAGUAUGUGUAAGUCUCUUGAUAGGGACAAAAUAAAAUUUGCGCUUACCAGGGUUUUAGUUUCUAAAUAUUUAACAUUUUUAGCUGACAAGUGUGAGCUUUUCCCAUCACUAAAUGGUGUCCAUUGUUAUCUGUAACUUAUGUACAAAGAUAAUCGCCUCUGAAACUACUGGGCAAAUUUGACCACAAUCAUUAAUGGGGUACUUGGUUUAAAAAAUGUGUCCAAUUUACACACUUGCCGACAAACAUGGCCGAAAUGGCUAAAAAUAGAACAUAAGGAUAAAAUACGAUUUUUAACCUGAUUUUCAAAGGAAAAAUCUGUUAUUGAUUUGGGGAUGUACGGGGGGCGGGCGUGCGGCUGCCAAACAGUGUGAGUUUAUUAACAUGAAAACGCUUUGACAAAUUUUUUUCAAAUUUAGAUAUGUUGUUUCUGUGACUAAAUGAAGGUCAAGUUCAAUUUUCACAUUUUUAGCUUUUCUCGUUGUUGAGUUAUAUCCCUUUCCAAUAGUCAAAAGUGGUACUUAUUAUGUGAUUGAGUUAUUUCCCUUAGAAAAGAAAUGGUUAAUUAUAUAUAUAAAGUUUGAUUACACUUACAGAUAAGUUUUAUAGAUUUUUAAAAGACAUUGUAUUAAUGAUAAAUGACAUUUUGGAAUUUUUUUUUCUUUUCUUUGGUAAAUUGUUUGAUGAUUUUGUGUUAGGUUUGUUUGUUAUUCUGUAUAAACUAAUUUUCUGAAUGCUAUAUUAUAUAUAUAUAUAUAUAUUUAUGAAGUGAACUCCUUUAAAGGGCAUACAAUACAGUUUUGAUCCCAUGAUGAAUUUUUAAAAAAAAUUUGCAUACAAGCUAUUUUUUCACCUAAACAAUUCAAAUAUGUAAAAAAAAAUAAACCGUCAUGUGCUACUUUAAGAGAUAAAAGGGGUCGAAAUUUUAGACUUUUACUCAAAAUUUCGGUUUUUUGGACAUUUCUAUCCUUUCGAUAGACACACCUAACUUUUUUAUUUCAACAGAUAAACACAAGCUGAAUUUUGUAGAAACAUUAUGAAAAUCUUCUUUACAUAAUAUGCUCUUAAUAUGUACAAUAGUUCUUUGGAAAUAAUUAAUUUUUAACAAAGUUUCAGGAUUUUAGGAAAAAACUGCAUUUUUUGCGGUAUAUUUAUCAAAUUUAAAAAAAUUUCCAUGUUGACUUUUUCAUUAAAAUUGGUACAAAUAAUCUUCAUACGUAAUCAAACCUAAUGCCAUUUUAAAAAAGAGGGGUCCAUGUACUCCUUUUCAAGUUAAAUCAGUUUAUAUAAUAAAAGACAGUCGAAACAUUGUAUCUUUUCCAGGUAUGUCACAGUUUGACGUCGCGAAAAUAACAUUUUACAUAAGCAACGUCAUUACCUCCCCUGUAACUGUAUCAUUUGCCCUUAAAAACUAAGCUAAAUUGUCUUAAUAAACAUAUACUAGUAUUUAGAUUUCUGAUUUUGGACCCAGUUUUCAAGUUGGUCCAAAAUCUGGGUCCAAAAUUAAACUGUGUUUGAUUUCAACAUAUAUUGAAUAUAUAUAGGGCUCUUUAAAAAGCUGAAAUUAAACCUUUUAUUUUCAUUAUUAAUAAGAUAAUACCACAUUAAGGUCCAAAUGGUCCUAAAUGAAAAUUUUGUUUAAUUUCAUCAAAAAUUGAAUUCUUUGGGUUCUUUGAUAUGCUGAAUCUGACAAUGUUUUAUAGUGGUUAAAUCAUAUCUAAUUUUAUUGAUUAUAAUUUGACUUCUGCAGGAAAUCGGUUUGCUGUCACUCUGAUAGCCUCUUGUUUUCUAUUAUAUUGAAAACUAUUAUAGAUAAAUAGAAACUUUUAUAAAUAAAUGAUCAGCAGAAUAAGAUCUAUAAAUAUGUCAACAUGUCUGAAAUUGUCAGUAAACUCUUACUAGAGUUAUUCCCCUAUAUUGAUGAUUUUCACUGAUCAGUGGCCAUUGUUGAAAAUGCAGGUGAGCGACACAAGCUCUUCAGAGCCUCUAGUUUUCUGAUCUUAUAGCUUAACAUUUAUCCAAAUUAUGGAAUUAUUCUCAUUAUUAAAUUCAAAAUGACUCCUGAAGAUCAAUGGUUUUGGUUAAAUAAUUUACUAAUUGUUUUUUGCUUUUAAAUAAUAAUUGAUACAAAAUGUCAUUUCAUCGGACAUAAUGCAUAUGUAUUAAAUAUCCUCAACAGUCACACUUAAGACAAUAAGUGUAAAACAAAUGUUUAGAAAAAUCAAAAGGCUAUAAUAAACUGAACAGCUAUAACCAUCAACUAAUACUUAUAAAAAAAAAAAAAAAAAUGUUUGCUUAUUAGUAUCACUGUAUAUAAAUUAUGAGUAAUUAUUCAUUUGUUUAAAGUUAACAUGCUUUUUAUGAUUAAAAUCCUCAGUGAAUUAGAAUACUUACAAUCUUAAAAUAAUGUUUGAAAUUGAUUUUCAACAUUUUUAUCAGAUAUGGGCCUUAAAAAAUUUAAAUACUACCAGCACAGACCAAAAUAUCAAAAUUGAUAAGCUCAUGAUUUUGACUUCUGUUUGUUUUAGGCUUAUAAAAGCCUUUAUUUUCUUAUUGAAUAACUGCAUUUUUGCAAAUUGUUUAUUCCUUAUAGAAAUUAAGUUUCCUAUAAACUCUUUUAAGACCAGGGGCAUAUCAAUGUGGUCAUGAAUGUAAGCCAUGUUGAUUUCAGUGACCAACUGUUGACUGCUUCUGCUUUUUUCUUUUGUUAUUUGUAAUUUAUGAUAUGAGCUGCAUUGGAUAGAAAUCGGCUUUAUGCAAGUGCAUGUAUAUUUAUAAGACUGAUUGAUUUUUGAACAUUCAAAUCCGAAAUAGAAGAUGAAUUUUGUCUGUUUUGUAGGGUUCUUAUAACAACUUGAUUUUCAAACCGUUACAGACUUUCAGUAGAAAUUUUUUUCAACCUGAAAUAGGUUAACAGAUGUAUUGAUAUUCAUUUGCGUAAGGUCGCUUUUUAUCUGAUGCACCUCAUAUAAGGUUUUAAAUUUUUUUUUAGUUUUAUUAAUUUGGUAUGGGGUAAUGAAUGUCUCAAGAAAGACCUGAUAGUGUGUAUUUAAUUGAUUAUACUUUUUUAUUGGUUUGAUUAUUAUAUAAACCCCACCUUUGCUUUUUAAUGUCAUUGUCAUUUAUUUGCUACUAUUGAUAUUGUUAAUAUGUCAUUCUCAAUUAAUGAUAAAUUUUGAAUAAAUGACAUUUUGCUCUAUACACACAAAUGUUUGAUUUGUUUUGAGUGGAAAAUAAACAAUCUAAAUGUUACAGGUUUAUUAGAUAUAUUGUUUGUUCUAUAUAGUUUUUCUUUUUUCUAUUUUUUAAUGCUCCCUGAAAACUUACAAUAAAUGUCUGGUAACAUCAA